AUGUUCAAGUCUUUCCUGGUUCUUACUGCUGCCGCCGCUUCGCUCGUUGCUGCCUCGGACCGUGUGUCUGUCAAGGGCUACACUGCUGACGCCAAGGGCUCCCUGGACUGCAAGUUCGGCAGCGGCGACAUCCUAAAGAAGUGCGGCACCUGUGCCCAGAGCAUCACCGAGUGCGCUACCUCGAACCCCAACAAAACAGAGGAAAUCUGCGUUAGUGAGAUUGCCUCGUUCGCUGGCGACUGUGGCGGCUGCGCUGUUGACAUCCUCGAGUGCCUUUAA